UGUUAAGUGUAUAUAAUGUACAUCGUUUUGAGAAUUCAGUUGACUCUUUUCUCAUUAUGAUGCCGUCUUCAGCUUCUGUUCCUUGCAAUAUUGACAGAGAAUUUGAUGAAGUGUUUGAUAAUCUUAAUAAAACUUUGGAUGACCUUUUACUUGAUGAUAAGUUACCAGACUAUCACACCCCUGUCCGCCAGACUCCAAAUUUCCAGCGUCGCAGCGUCAAAACACCAGCCACGUUUUAUGUUCCUCAACAAGCAGCCAGUAAUGUAAUUAGCAGCAGAACACAGGUUACAACUCGCACCAAUGUCCAGUCCAGUACCACUUCACAAGAGACGAGGGCCCAGCAGUUAUCUCCCCUGACACAGCAGAGGAACACACAUAGUGCUCCUCCCCAGAUUUCUCAGCUGUCGCAGGGCAUUCAGAACCUGAGUGUGGCAGAUCGGUCAGAUGAUUCAGGGUCAACCAGUUCCCUGAAAACCCAGGGGUCAACCACUAAUCAGGGUACAUCCGCCUCUUCAGGCCAUGGUAUUGGUCCACAGCUAUCAGCAUCAGAAAGUCAGACUCAACAGAGUUCAGGGCAGAGAAAUAAUCUUGGAGCCAUCAGAGAAGAUUUCCAUGACCAUGGUAACCUAGGGUCAGUCCAAAACAACUACUCAGAUUACCAUAACCAGUACGAUGAGAAUUACCAGAUACAACAGUAUCAUGAAGAAAUCAGAAACCACUAUGCUCAGCAAAGUGGGGGUCAUGUGACCAGCACACAGCACAGCCUGCAGUCCAGCACACAGCAGUCCAGCACUAGCACAUCGUCUUCAUCUGCCUAUGCUGGUGAUGAAUUUCCCCUGCCCCCGGGUUGGUCACUAGAUUGGACAGUGAGGGGAAGAAAGUACUAUAUAGACCAUAAUACCCAGACCACCCACUGGAGUCACCCCCUUGAGAAGGAGAGCCUCCCCACAGGCUGGGAGAGGAUCGAAAACAAAGAGUAUGGAGUGUACUAUGUUAACCAUUAUCUACAAAUAGCACAGGUCAACCAUCCCUGCUCUCCCACCCAGGGAAAUGUGAGGUACAGCCUUCUGCCUUACUUACCCCGGCAGAUAGAGUACCGCUCUACCCGUCAGGACAGUGUUCUUGUCCCAGCCAACCCAUAUCUUCACACAGAAAUUCCCAAAUGGCUGGUUGUAUAUUCUAAAGGAGCUAGAGAACAUGAUCACAAACUGAAGUGGGAUCUGUUCAGGUUGAAUGAGAUUGAGGUCUUUGAUGCCAUGUUAAUGCGUCUUCAUAAACAAGAACUUGAACAGAUUGUUAUGAGUUAUGAAGCAUAUCGUAGUGCUCUGAUUCGAGAGAUGGAGCGGCGAAAGAAAGAAAACCAGGUUCCACCUCAGACUCUAGCUCUUCCUCAAAAUGUGAAACACCAGAAACAAAUUCCAAAUGAAGGACUGUCUGGAAGACUUUACAACAUUGGUGCACAAGGUUCAGGGCAGAGCCCUACACAAGGUGCUUCCCAGGGUAUUCAACAAAGUGUUGGUCAUGGAUUUUCUAGAAAUGUAGAUCAAAUGUCUGGAAUGCCUGCAAAUAUUGGUUUAUCGCAAGCUGUGCAAGGGCAAAUGAUUCAACAAAAUAUGGUACGAACAAAUGUAAACUAUCCAAAUACAAGUUCAGCUAUUUCAAAUAACUCUUCAAAUCUUCCGCAAGCAGUCAAUCCUAAUGCUGGGCAGCUUGGAAAAACAGCUGCUGAGAGGAUGAUGAUGUUACACAGUCAAGCUUCUGAAAACCAGUUUGCAAUGCAGAAGACAGUUACAACUCAACAUCAUUUAAUGCAGCAGCAUCAGCAAAUACAACAACAGCUCGAGCAGUUGCGCCAGGAACAGAUGCAACGUCAUCUUCAGCAGCAGCUUAUACAGCAACGAAUGUUGCAACAGCAACAUAUGCAACAUUUUCAAUUACAUGGUGCUCAGAUAUUGCCAACUCAUCAGCCCUUGUCCGAGAACUUUGUUACCCGACAGCCAGUUAGUAGUCAGGUGCAACAUUACACCCCUUAUACCGCUAACCAACAGACAAGCAGCCAGCAGCAGCAAGGUUAUCCACCACACUCAACAGCCACCACACAACCACCACUUCAACAAAGCAACCCACAGACACAGCAGGCUUCCUAUGCAGGAUACCCCCAUCAUGCAACGGUAGUCCAAUCAACUGUGCAACAGUUGCAGCCAGUACAAAGUGUACCACAGGGUUAUUCUCAGCAAGUGGUUGCAACAUCACUGCCUUCUGCCCAACAGCAGAAUAUUCCUCAGCAACCUCUCUCAUUAACUUCCUCACACCCAAUGGUGCCUCAAAAUUUUUCACCCCAAACUCAACCCCAGUCUCAAUCCAAAUCUAUUACUCAAAAUAUUGAAACCAAAGUUUGAUGCACAGAUGUGCAAGUCAUCCAACAGCCUGCACAUUUUCAGUGUAUCUCAACAGUUGUAUAGCAAAUAUUUUGGGAAUUGUUAAAAUGAAGUUUAAUCCCUUUAUUUGUAUGUUAUGGACAGCUGUUCUUAAUUUUUUUUUCCCCUUCUCUUGAAAUCGGGAAAAUUUAUAUUCUACUAUGUAUACAUUACAUGUAUAUAUUAUUGUUAUUUAAUACUGCCCUUGGACUUGAUUAUGGGAAAUGAAAUUUUACAGAUUGCUGUAAAAUUGCUUAUAUUUGUAGGGUCAAAUUUUUGUGGAUCGAGGAAAUAGUAUGUUAAUGAAUGUGGGUGGUUUUUAAUUCAGUGUUGAAGAUGUUUUUCUUAAUUGUAGUUCCUUUUCUCCUGUUCAUGGAGAAUUUGAUUUCCAAUCCACAAAAAUUCCCAUGGAAAGAAGUUUAUUUACAAUACUGUUCAUGUAUCAGUAGUGUUAUAGCACAUGGAUAAGAAAAUUCAUCUGAAGUGUAAUUCAUACUGCUAUAUUGCAAAGCUAGUUCACUGCAAUGGUCAUAACUCAUUAUUGAAGUGGUACGUAUUAGCUGCAAUAAUGUAGCCCUCUUCAAUUUUUUCUAUUCUGACGUUAUCGGGGGGAGGGGGGUGGGGAUUGGAGAGGGCUACAUUAUUGCAGCUAGGUAGGUAUAUGCAAAAGUCUUUUUUUUCAAGGGAAAGGGAAUAGUUGAUUCAUCUUUGCAAGGUUGUUUUUCAUGUUUUAUGAAAAUCUGCUGUCAUGAUUAUACUGUAAAUUUUAUAUAUUCAGAAUUUAAUGAUGUAAAUAUUUGCUAGAAAUGUUUUUGCUUUAAGCAUAUAGCACGUUUUCAUUUUUUCUGUGUAUUGACAUUUCAGUUGAGAUACCAUGUAUUUUAUUUGAUUGUUUAGAUAUUUUUGAGACCGUUUCAUAUACAUUUAUUAAUGUUGUGUGCCAAACAUGAAAUUGUGUCUGCAUGAAAUUUCUUAUUUUAUUCUGCAAGUCCCCUCACCAAAUGAUAGUCAUGAUUCCAUGUAAGUUCAUUUUCCUAAUUAGCUUAAUGAUUUUAUCAGGAAUGGAUUUUAGAUGCCUAGCAGCAGCUGGGCUGCUGUUACAUUAUGGGACAAAAUCUACACUUUUAAUAAAUGGUUGUGUAACUUAUGUUUAAAGAAGUCAUACUUGUAUGAUCUCCCUCUACUGUGUACAUCACUCUGUUUUCAUGUAAUUCCUUGUUAACAUUUGAAUAAAGUAGAAUGGGUGAUAUGCUUUCUA